UCCCCGGCACAAUAUAAGCCACCGCGCGGUGACAUCCCCGCACUGCCCAGGAUGGGGACCCGCUCGGGAGAACUGCCCCAGCCCCAGGACACCAGCCCAGCCCUCCCCCCCUCUGGCCCUCAGCGUCCCGCCGGGGCAGGCAGGGCCCCCGUGGAGGACCGCGGCCCUCCCCCGGCUCGGCGGCAGUUUGACAUGCUGUACCGGAUCGAGGACGUGCCCCCCUGGUACCUCUGCAUCCUGUUGGGCUUCCAGCACUACCUGACCUGCUUCAGUGGCACCAUCGCCGUGCCCUUCCUGCUGGCCGAGAGCCUGUGCGUGGGCAAGGACCAGCUGACCGUCAGCUACCUCAUCGGCACCAUCUUCACCUGCGUCGGCAUCACCACCCUCAUCCAGACCACCGUGGGCAUCAGGCUGCCGCUGUUCCAGGCGAGCGCGCUGGCCUUCCUGGUGCCCGCCAAGGCCAUCCUGGCACUGGAGAAGUGGCAGUGCCCACCCGAAGAGCAGAUCUAUGGCAACUGGGUGCUGCCGCUCAACACCUCCCACAUCUGGCAGCCCCGCAUGCGGGAGAUCCAGGGGGCCAUCGUGGUGUCCAGCCUGGUGGAAGUGUUCAUCGGGCUGCUGGGGCUGCCCGGCGCGCUGCUCAGCUACAUCGGGCCGCUCACCGUCACCCCCACCGUGUCCCUCAUCGGCCUCUCCGUCUUCCAGGCUGCUGGCGAGCGGGCCGGCUCACACUGGGGCAUCGCUGCGCUGUCCAUCGUUCUCAUCGUGCUCUUUGCGCAGUACCUGCGGAACGUCACCGUGCGCCUGCCCGGGUACCGCUGGGGACACGGCUUCGUCCUGCUGCGCGUGCAGAUCUUCAAGAUGUUCCCCAUCAUCCUGGCCAUCAUGGUGAUGUGGCUGCUCUGCUACCUGCUGACACGUGCUGACGUGUUCCCCAGCCACCCUGAGGAGUAUGGCUACAAGGCCCGGACGGACGCGCGUGGGAAUAUCCUCUCGGUGGCCCCCUGGUUCCGUUUCCCCUACCCCUGUCAGUGGGGGCUGCCUACAGUGACCUCAGCAGCCGUGCUGGGCAUGUUUAGUGCCACACUGGCCGGCAUCAUCGAGUCCAUCGGGGAUUACUACUCCUGUGCGCGGCUGUCAGGAGCGCCUGCACCCCCAGUGCAUGCCAUCAACAGGGGCAUUUUCACAGAAGGCAUCUCCUGCAUCAUCGCGGGGUUGAUGGGAACGGGUAACGGCUCCACCUCCUCCAGCCCCAACAUCGGGGUGCUGGGCAUCACCAAGGUGGGGAGCAGGAGGGUGAUUCAGUAUGGCGCUGGGAUCAUGCUCAUCCUGGGCACCAUCGGAAAGUUCACCGCGCUGUUCGCCUCACUGCCCGACCCCAUCCUCGGCGGGAUGUUCUGCACGCUGUUUGGCAUGAUCACAGCUGUCGGCCUCUCCAACCUGCAAUUUGUUGACAUGAACUCUUCCCGCAACCUUUUUGUGCUGGGCUUCUCCAUGUUUUUUGGGCUGACGCUGCCCAACUACCUGGAUGCCCACCCCAAAGCCAUUAACACAGGCGUCCCCGAGCUGGACCAGAUCCUGACGGUGCUGCUGACCACCGAGAUGUUUGUGGGAGGUACCCUGGCCUUCAUCCUGGACAACACCAUCCCAGGGACGCGGGAGGAGCGGGGACUGGUGCAGUGGAAGGCGGGCGCGCACGCAGACAGCACGGCCUCCGCCGACCUGAGGAGCUACGAUUUCCCCUUUGGGAUGAGCGCGGUGAGGAGGAGCCGCUGGCUGCGGCACGUGCCCAUCUGCCCGCUCUUCACCGGCUUCGCCUGGCGGGCAAAGAAGAGCCGCGCAGCAGCCGAUGGCACACAGGACGGCGCCGACGGGACGGCUGUCUGCACCAAGGUGUGAUGGGGGUGGCUGCGGAGGGGCUGAGCCAAGCGCUGGGCUCCCAUCAGAGAGCACCGCCCGGGCUGCGAGCCCUCCGCUCCAACACAGCGCUGGGGGAAGGCGCUGCCUGUGGGAAUGGCAAUGGCUUGGUUUAGCGUGGGGCUGCCGCGCCAGUGGGGCUCCCAGGCGCCGGCCUCAGCCCACGCUGCCUUCAGACGCGCUCAAAGCCCUGCUGCAGCUCAGCAGCUUCCGCCGAGGCACCGCGAGCACCAGGCUGCGCCGUGCCCUUGGCUCCUGCGGGGCUGCACAGCAGACGCAGCUGGUGCUGUACCGGGCCCAGCAUUCAGAGCAGUCCGUUUUAAGGUUAUGCAUUAAAAAACAUCCAAACCCACGGCCCCCGUCAUUUCUGACACUGGGCUUAAUGCUGAAACCCAAAGCUGAAGGCAGCGCUGGGCUGGCACGGCCCUGACACAGCCAGGCACAGGUGGCCUCUCCCUCCCUCCCCAUCCCACGCAGAAGAGCACAAAGAGCGAAAGAGAUCUCACGGGAGAAGAUAAGGACGGUUUAUCAUAAAAUCAUAUGACUUGGGUGGGAAGGGACCUCAAGGAUCACCAAGUUCCAAACCCCUGCAUCAGGAAGGCCUGCCAGCCUUUAGGUCAGAUGUUACAUGAGGUUAUCCAUAGCCUCAUCCAACCUGGCCUUGAACAUCCCCAGGGAUGGGACAUCCACAGCCUCCCGGGGCAGCCUGUGCCAGCACCUCACCACCCUCCCAGUGAAAAAAUAAGUUAAUAGUAAGUGAAGGAAGGAACAGGAGGGAGAUAACCAACAACAUGAAGAUCCAAGCAAUGCAAAUGCAAUCACUUGUCUCCUCCCAUGGGCACACUGGUGCCCAGCAGGCUCAGCAAUGGAAGAACCCUCCCACCAAUUGGGCUGCGCCAGCAACAGCCAGACCCCAGCAUUAUCAGCACUGCUUCAGUCACAAACCCAAACACAGCACCCUUGGGAGAGCUGCACAGAAAGAUAACCGUCCCAGACAAACGCAGCACAGACACAAAACAAUUCAAAGCCAGCAGCUCCUAAAAGCCAGAGGCUGACUACUUUGUUUCACUGCACUGAUUUUAGCACAAAUUGACACAUAGCCAGGGAUCACUCCAACCUCCUCAUCUGGGGUUGAACUCCUGGCUGGAAGCAGAGCCCUUCAGCACCUUCCUACUGACAUCUACAUGCCCCCAGCAGACACCACCACUGCAUUCACCCCUCCCAUAAACCUUUCUAUAUUAUGGAGUCACCUGGGAUAAGAACAAAGCACAAAAGCAAAUCACAGCAAGCCUGGGUGUUUUGCAAGCUGGCUCCAACUGAAGCAUUCAGCUGCCAAUCGCCCAGAGCUGAGUGCACCUGGGCUCAGAGCCCCCAGACAGAGCUCAGGGACAAGGGCUGCAAGCAAACCAGCUGCCAGCCCUGCAGGGACUCUGCUGGAACCCCAGCUUCAGCUCCAGUCAGCUGUAUGUGGUGCUCUGCUAUUUCCCAACCCCAUCUUUGGGGACUUGAACUUAAACAGUUUCCAAAAACAGCAGAAACACCAGAAGAGUUUUGGUACAUCUGGGAAGGUCAGCAGAUCUGGGAAAGGAAAAGGCAGCUCUGGCCAGGGAGGCCAGGAGAUGAGAUGGAUGCUUUGCAGAGCAGCUCUCAGCACAUGUGAAUGCUCUGGGAGAGCAGAUCUGCCAGCUGGAGAAGACUGGCAAAGCAAAUUGGUUCUGCUGUAGUACUGGUGCAAAGGCAGUGCCUCUCUUCCUGCUGUGAUUUCUGAGGUGUUCCCAUUUGGUUUACCCAGAAUUUAAGAGGAAAAUAAUAAUAAUAAUAAUACAUAUAUAUAUAUAUAAACAGCAAGGUUGGGCAAGGUUCUGAUGCAAGAGUGGAUCAAGGCCCCACCUGCAGGCUGCCAGGAGCUGCUGGCACAUCCACCCCACAGCCUGCCCACCCCUUCCUGCAGCUGUGGGGCUUUAUGACAGAACAGCACUGAGAGCACCCAGCUCCAGCUGCCCAGGCAGGGCCUCCCAAAGCCCGUGUCAAGCAGUGGGUUUUAUAUAGCGCCGUCAGCUGCUAACUGGAACUUCCUGUGCUGCCAGAACAGCGGGGCUGAACAGGGAUUAGCAGUGAUGAGAACGCAGGAAAAUAUGCUCAGGCAAACACACAAAGCAGUCGGGCUUCAUAGGAGGGGAGGAAAAAAGCAGUCAGAGCCCCAGCUGAGACCGGUUCAGACUAUCCUGUCACAAGCAGCCUUACAGACACCAUAUCUGACAUGAACACAGAACCCCAGAGAUUGGAAGGGACCUCUGGAGACACCCCAGUUCAAACUCUGCCACUGCAGGCUGCACAGGGAGGCAUCCAGGCUCAGGGUAUCUCCAGAGGAAACUCCACAGGAGGAGGAAUACAUUUCCCUGAGAUGCACAUUCACGAGACAGUCACCAAAUCGUUUCUACUAUUAUUUAUUUUUUUAAAUAUUUUUGAAAAAAUAUAAUUUUUUUACAAUAUUUUCAACUUAAACACUAUUCACACUGAACACGUAUGGCAGCUUAACCUACCCAAGUAUGAAGUUUAAGAAGCCAAAACUGUUCUAGCUUUAUUAAAAGAAAAAAAAAAAAAAA